CGGCGAUGACCUCACAGUACUGGGUACAACGAUCGUCUUUUGGGUGCCAGGUCGUGACCUUGUAACCUCGUGACCUCUCGUAGUGUUCCUGUGUGACCUAGUUUUAACCCCCAAGAGAAGAGAAAAGAGAAGUGGAAAGAUAAAAGAUAAAAAGGGGUGAAGAGAGUGAUUUGCAAAAAAAAGUAGAGAGAAUUAGAAAAAAAUAGAUGAGUGUACCCUGAACCCGUGGUAUGGCAUAGAAAACGGGAGUAGGCGUCCUUGAGGAGUGAGAGAUCAUUGGUGUAUUUUUUUUUUUACUUUUUUUCUUCUUCUUUAUUGUUGAGUGUCUUUUCGAUUGUGGUUUCAUGGGCGUGGUAGACAUGGUGGGCGUGCGGUGACCACCCGAGGAGGAAGACGACCACGAUUUCGUCCAACACGACUACCCCCACGACCCCCGAGUCCCUGCAGGCCCGCCCACCACCGCCGCCGCCGCCCCCGCCGCCGCCGCCGAGCAUGGGCGUGGUGGAGGUCGGCCAGCGGGUCAUUCGGGGACCCGACUGGCGGUGGGGGGAGCAGGACGGGGGGGCGGGGUACGCGGGCACGGUCGUGGAGGUGGGACGACCCGGCUCGUCCACGACGCCCGACCGCACGGUGGUGGUGCAGUGGGACGCGGGCGCCAGGACCAACUACCGCGUCGGCUACCAGGCGGCCUACGACCUGCGCCUGCUGGACAACGCGCCCGUCGGCGUGAAGCACCCGAAGCACAUCUGCGACGGUUGCAAGCGGCAGGCCAUUGCAGGAAUACGGUGGAAAUGCAACCACUGCUACGACUACGACCUGUGCACGACCUGUUACAUGGCCGAUAAGCACGACCUGUCACACGCUUUCGUACGCUACGAGAAUGUCAACUCGAAAGGGGUGGAGGUGUCGCAACGCAAGAACGCCGAGAAGACUCCCCUGCAGGGCAUCUUCGUGGGCGCCAAGGUCAUCCGCGGCCCCGACUGGGACUGGGGCAACCAGGAUGGGGGGGAAGGCAAGUUCGGGCGCGUGACGGAGAUCCGCGGCUGGGACAACGAGUCGGGGCGUUCCGUGGCCAACGUGACGUGGGCGUGCGGGUCGACCAACGUGUAUCGGGUCGGGCACAAGGGCAAGGUGGACCUGAAGGUGCUGUGGCCGGCGACCUGCGGGCAUAUCUACUGCGAGCACCUGCCUGUUCUCGGGAAGAUGGAAGACCCCAGUAGCACGGGAGAGCCGGAGCUCCCCUCAGCGCCCUUGUCCGUGGGCGAGAGGGUGCGCGUUGUCGUGAGUCUGGAGGAGCUGAGGACGCUUCAGGAGGGUCAUGGUGGAUGGAAUCAUAGGAUGGCCGAGUGCCUGGACAAAAUUGGCAUAGUCCACCGCAUCACGUGCAAGGGCGACGUGCGCGUGCAGUACGAGGGCUACGCCACACGCUGGACCAUCCACCCACGAGCACUGGCCAGGGUCACCACCUACACCCCUGGCGAUGUUGUGGUGGUCAUCAGUGAUGUUAAUAAGGUCAAAGAAUACCAGAAAGGUCACGGGGAAUGGAUUGAGUAUAUGAAGAGUGCUCUCGGUAAAACGGGUGUGGUGGCGCGUGUAUACCCUGACGGCGACUUGAGGGUUAACAUCGAGGGUAAGACGUGGACCUUCAACCCCCUGUGCGUCUCACUGGCUCCCCGCACGGCCGAGUACAACAACACCAUGAGGGCUAAUGAGAGAACAGAACACGCAGGCCCACUGGCAUCAAUACUGCACCAGCUGUUAGAUACAGAGCAGGAUAGUUCUGUGGUGGACCAGCUGGUGAGGGAAGCUGCACAAGGACAUACGCAGGCUGUCUCACAUCUCCUGGCAAAACAUCCUGACAAGGUGGAUGGGCGUAGUUCCGGGAAGACGUGCUUGCAGGUGGCAUGCCAUCAGGGCCAUAUGGACAUUGUGCGUCUCCUGCUAGACCACAAGGCGUCACUUGAGAUUGCUGACGAUGACGGCGAUGUGGCGCUGCAUUACUCGGCUUUUGGCAACCAACCUGAAAUCAUGGAGCUGCUCCUACGCAAGGGGGCAUCUAUCAACGUGGUGAACGAGGGCAGGUGCUCGGCCCUCCACGUUGCCGUCAAUAAGCAGCACGCAGCAUGUGUCAAAGUGCUGCUCAAGUACAGCUGUGAUGUCAAUGUACAGGACUCCUACGGUGACACGGCAUUGCAUGAUGCGAUUGGCAAGGACAGCAUCGAGAUCCUGGAGUUGCUCGGAAACUCGCCGCACCUCGACCUCAACCUGCGCAACAAGAGGGGCUUCAACGUCCUCCACCAUGCGGCGCUUAAGGGGAAUAACUUUGCGGCUGAGAAGCUGGUUCUUCGCUCGAGGCAGUUCGUAGAUGUGCGUAAGGACGACGGGUUUGCAGCUCUCCACCUGGCUGCCUUAAACGGACACCGACAGGUUGCGGAGACGCUCAUCACCCUCGGCCAGGCUUCUGUCGACAUCACCAACAACAAGAAGCAGACGCCCCUCCUCCUCGCUGUGUCGCAGGGUCAUUGCGGUGUUGUUGAGCUCCUCGUGGACAGCAACGCCGACGUACGGGCAUGCGACGAGGACGGGGACACGGCACUCCACUUGGCGCUCUUGAAGAAUUCCACCACAACGCAUGCCCAUCCCUCUCAUGCCCCAACCAUUACGCAGAUCCUCAACAACAUCUCCCAGCGAGGCUUUGAGAACAAGGUGUCCCUGGCCGUCGCCUGCUAUCUAGUGCAGAAGGGUUGCAGCAUCACGGUCGCCAACAGCCGCUCGAAGACGCCUCUCGACCUCAUCAAUGACACCAACACCAUUGACCUGUUGCAGAGCUAUUCCACGCAGGCUAGCAGUGCGGAUACGAUGGCCCGUGUUGACAUGGACCUGAAGGCGUUGGACUUGGCAGCUGAGAGCAUUCGCCACGGCAGCAGCGUUGGAGGUGGCAUCCUGGACGGUCCUGCAUCCUCCUCCUCGUCAUCUGAGUCCCCGUCAGGAGGCUCCUUCGCCGGAGGAAACAACAAGCCCCAGUCGGUGUCCCAGCCUGUGAGCCCAGCCAAAAGCCAGGGCGAGCCAGUCAUGGUGCCCGGUACUUCUGAGCCCAUGAACAACUGUGACAUUGAGAAGCAGAUUGUAGAGACAAAGGACGAGUGUUCGAUUUGCUUGGAGUGCCCAGCCACGGUGAGGUUCCAGCCGUGUGGGCACUGCGUUACCUGCGAGGACUGCUCCACGCGCGUCAAGAAGUGCUUCCAGUGCCAUGCAGUUGUGCUGACCAAAGUUACAAAGGAUGGCCGGACAGUCUCCAGCAAGGCCCGGCAGCCAUCCGCGGAGAGACUGCGCUACCUGGAGACCAAGAUUGCAGAGAUUGAGGAGGCCCACUGUUGCAGCAUCUGCCUGGAGCGCCGUCGUAGCGUUGCCUUCCUCUGCGGGCAUGGGGCGUGCGUCAUCUGCGCCCAGACGCUGAAGACGUGCCACAUGUGCAGGAAGCCCAUUUCGAAGAAGAUUAAUCUCUAUUGAUAAUAAGGGGUUGGAGUAGGGUGCAAUUUUUCUUUCUUUUUUUUUGUUUUUUGUUUUCUCUCUCUCUUUUGUGUUUAUAAGAAUGUCUAUGUGAUGCUGAUUUUAGACCCUCUUUGGAGUGUUCUUGUUCUACAGGAGGAUCAUAUUGAAAGGAAAAGGAUUUUCUGAUAUCAGGGCAUAUAUUAUUCUAUUUUUUUCAAGGUCUACACUAGGACCUUCUUGUGAAAGCCUUUUUAGUGUUAAAUUUAAAAAAGAAUAUUAUUCGUUGCCAAGAGGAAAGGAAAAAUAAUAUGUACUGCAAGCUCUCCAGUAUAACAGAAGGACAUUCAUUAUUAACACAAUAAAAUGCAGAGUUGGCAAAAGUACUUCAUUCAAAGGAAAUGGAAGCAUACAUACAUAUAUACAUACAUACACACGGACAUUUCAUAUAAUGUGUACAUUCAGACAUGUGCAAGGAGUGUUACAGUGGUGUAUUGUGAUUGCAGUAAAGGAAUGGUCACUUAAUGAUAAAGAUUUGUACUUGUAAUGCAAAGUUAUGUCUGCUUGCCCAAAAGUGUCAGUGUUUACUGCACUGUAUCAUUUAGACCUGUGUAGUACAUUACUACCUUGUAUAUAUUGUAGAUUUGAAUUAUGUUCACCCCCACUGUCAUUCAUAGUAUGUUUACAUUUUUUGGUCACUUCAUUUAAUUAUCAUUGUUUUUCUUCUAGUCAUUUCCACUAUGAAAUGAUGACCCUGUUUUCUGCUAGAUUUUUAUUAUUAUUAUUUUUUUUUAACACCUGAGAUUAUGCUAUCAGGAUUUUUUUUUUGUUAUGGAGUAUAUACCUCACCCAGUAAUUGUCUCAGUUUUUAUUUUAUACCAGGUUAUUUCUUCCCUUCUUUCCUUUUUCUUGAGAUAAUUUUUUUUGUAUUCUUGAUUUUCCCCACUUUUUCCUUUUGUUUUUAGUUAUUUGGUUUCUUCUUUCAUUAUCCUCUUGUUCCUUUAGUCUUUUCUUCCGAUCCCUCCUUCCGUCUUCUUUGCGCUCUCCAGACUUCCCACGUGGAGGGAGGAAUUGCAAGUGAAGCGAGCACGCAAGCAGGCAAGCCCACGUCAACCAAGACCCUAGGGACGGGUAGUUCACUCUGCGAGGUAUCUAGACAUUAGACGGCCAGCCUGUUCUCCCCCUGUUAUUGUGCUGCCAUCCAGUGCUACUUGGUGCUGAUAUUGUGUAGAUAAGGAAUCUCAUACUAA